AUGAAAAGAGAUAUCAAAUUACUUGAAGUUAACCCUAGUCAAGUAGUAAAUAACUACAUCACUACUGGUGAUAUUAAUGUCAACCAAGGUCAUGCUCUAAUUGGUAAUACUAUUGGUGCUGAUGCUAAUAUUACAAAAUCAAUCAUCGCUGGCAAAAAACAACUAACUGACCGAAUAUCUAAUAGUUUAUCAAAAAAGAAAAUUAAUCUCACUAAAAUAGAAAUAGAAGCAGUAAUUGAAGAAUUAUUAUCCGAAACCAAAAAAGCCUUAAUUAACAAAGAAGAAGUCCGCUUACAAGGUUAUUUUACUUUGAAAACUGCUAUUACUAAACCAAGAAUAGCCAUGAACUUACAAGAGAAGAAAAAGAUGACUGUUCCCGCUAAGCGAGUUCCUAAGUAUAAAGAAUUUGAAAAAGCCCUCCAAGAAGCCGAAGACCCAAAAAAUAUCGGUCAGGGUUUUUGA